UUCCAUUGUGAAGGGUAAGAACCUAAUGUGAUGGAUUUAUCUUCAGAGAUGAACAGACAUGGAAAGAAUCCAGUGAGUCACAAGCUAGAAGAUCAGAAGAAGAUUUACACAGACUGGGCCAACCACUACCUGGCAAAAUCGGGCCACAAGCGGCUGAUCAAGGAUUUGCAGCAAGACAUUGCAGAUGGAGUACUGCUAGCAGAAAUCAUCCAGAUCAUUGCAAAUGAAAAAGUUGAAGAUAUCAAUGGAUGUCCUAGGAGUCAAUCUCAGAUGAUUGAAAAUGUUGAUGUCUGCCUUAGUUUUCUAGCAGCCAGAGGAGUAAAUGUUCAAGGCCUAUCUGCUGAAGAAAUAAGAAAUGGAAACUUAAAAGCCAUUCUAGGGCUGUUUUUCAGUUUGUCUCGCUACAAGCAGCAGCAACACCAGCAGCAGCAGUAUUACCAGUCGUUGGUGGAGCUUCAGCAGCGGGUCACUCACGCCUGCCCUCAGGCAGAAGCCAGUCAGGCCAAAACCCAGCAAGAUAUGCAGUCCAGUCUGGCAGCCAGAUAUGCAACUCAGUCUAAUCACAGUGGAAUUGCAACCAGUCAAAAAAAGCCUACUAGGCUUCCAGGUCCCUCUAGGGUGCCAGCUGCAGGCAGCAGCAGCAAGGUCCAGGGAGCCUCCAAUUUAAAUAGGAGAAGUCAGAGCUUUAACAGCAUUGAUAAAAACAAGCCUCCAAAUUAUGCAAAUGGCAGUGAAAAAGAUUCCUCCAAAGGACCUCAACCAUCUUCAGGUGUGAGUGGUAGCACGCAGCCCCCCGGCACCGCUGGGCAGCCCCCGGCCUCUGCCAUCCCUUCUCCGAGCACCAGCAAGCCGUGGCGCAGCAAGUCCAUGAAUGCCAAGCACAGCGCCACCUCCACCAUGCUGACCGUGAAGCAGUCGAGCCCAGCCACCUCUCCCACACCAUCUGCAGACAGACUGAAGCCCCCUGCCUCAGACGGGGGCAAAGCAGCUCCCUCGGGACAGAAAUCCAUGCUUGAGAAAUUCAAGCUGGUCAAUGCCCGGACUGCUUUACGCCCCCUGCAGCCUCCCAGUUCAGGACCCAGUGAUGGUGGGAAGGAGGACGAUGCCUUUUCUGAAUCUGGUGAAAUGGAAGGCUUUAACAGUGGUCUGAAUAGUGGCGGUUCAACAAAUAGCAGCCCCAAAGUGUCACCGAAAUUAGCCCCUCCAAAAGCUGGAAGCAAAAAUCUCAGCAAUAAAAAGUCUUUGCUACAGCCAAAGGAAAAAGAGGAAAAGAACAGGGACAAAAAUAAAGUUUGCACUGAAAAACCAGUCAAGGACGAGAAAGAUCAGGUGGCGGAGACGGCUCCAAAAAAGACCUCUAAAAUUGCAAGCUUAAUCCCAAAGGGCAGCAAGACGACAGCAGCCAAGAAGGAAAGCUUAAUCCCCUCUUCCAGUGGGAUUCCAAAACCGGGCUCAAAGGUGCCAACAGCAAAGCAAACUGUUUCACCGGGAAGCUCAACAAGCAAAGAGUCUGAAAAAUUCAGGACUACCAAGGGAAGCCCUUCCCAGUCCUUCCCUAAGCCCGUAACGACUGAGAAAGCAAGCACAUCCAACUGCCCUGCUCCUUUGGAAGGAAGGGAAGCUAGCCACGCUUCUCUGGCCGGUUCCUCUGCUGGGUCAGCGGCGCAAGGCAGUGGGCAGAGCGUGGGAAAUGGUGCUGUCCAGCUCCCUCAGCAGCAGCAACACAGCCACCCAAAUACUGCCACCGUGGCUCCAUUCAUUUAUAGAGCACAUUCAGAAAAUGAAGGUACCUCUUUACCAUCUGCCGAUUCCUGUACCAGUCCUACUAAGAUGGAUUUGUCAUACAGUAAGACAGCUAAGCAGUGCCUAGAGGAGAUAUCUGGUGAAGACCCUGAAACAAGAAGAAUGAGAACAGUUAAAAACAUAGCAGAUUUGAGGCAGAAUUUAGAAGAGACUAUGUCCAGUCUUCGUGGGACCCAGAUAAGUCACAGCACCCUGGAGACAACAUUUGACAGCACUGUGACGACAGAAGUGAAUGGCAGGACCAUACCCAACUUGACAGGUCGACCCACUCCCAUGACCUGGAGGUUGGGCCAGGCAUGUCCUAGACUUCAGGCUGGAGAUGCUCCCUCCCUGGGUGCUGGCUACCCUCGCAGCAGUACCAGUCGUUUCAUCCACACAGACCCCUCAAGGUUCAUGUACACUACGCCUCUCCGUCGAACUGCUGUCUCUCGGCUGGGAAACAUGUCACAGAUUGACAUGAGUGAGAAAGCAAGCAGUGACCUGGACAUGUCUUCUGAAGUCGAUGUUGGUGGAUAUAUGAGUGAUGGUGAUAUCCUUGGGAAAAGUCUCAGGGCUGAUGACAUCAACAGUGGGUACAUGACAGAUGGAGGGCUCAACCUGUAUACUAGGAGUCUGAACCGAAUACCAGACACAGCAACUUCCAGGGAUGUCAUCCAGAGAGGGGUUCAUGAUGUGACAGUGGAUGCAGACAGCUGGGAUGACAGCAGCUCGGUAAGCAGCGGCCUUAGUGACACCCUGGAUAACAUCAGCACUGAUGACCUGAACACCACGUCCUCCGUCAGCUCUUACUCCAACGCCACUGCCCCGUCCCGAAAGAACAUGCAGCUGAAGACAGAUUCAGAGAAACGAUCUGCAACAGAUGAGCCCUGGGAUAGUACUGAGGAGGUGAAAAAAACAGAGGAGGACUUCGAUAGCCAUGGGGAUGGAGGUGGCAAGUGGAAGGGCGUUUCCUCUGGACUUCCUGAAGACCCUGAGAAAGCAGGGCAGAAAGCCUCCCUGUCUGUUUCACAGACAGGCUCCUGGAGGAGAGGCAUGUCAGCCCAAGGAGGAGCGCCAUCUAGGCAAAAAGCUGGAACCAGUGCGCUCAAGACCCCUGGGAAAACUGAUGAUGCCAAAGCUUCUGAGAAAGGGAAAACUCCCCUGAAAGGAUCGACUCUACAGAGGUCUCCUUCAGAUGCAGGAAAAAGCAGUGGAGAUGAGGGGAAAAAGCCCCCCUCAGGCAUUGGAAGAUCAACGGCCACUGGCUCUUUUGGAUUUAAGAAACCAAGUGGAGUAGGGUCAUCUGCCAUGAUCACAAGCAGUGGAGCCACCAUAACAAGUGGCUCAGCAACACUGGGUAAGAUCCCCAAAUCUGCUGCCAUUGGUGGGAAGUCAAAUGCCGGGAGAAAAACCAGUUUGGACGGUUCACAGAAUCAGGACGAUGUUGUGCUGCACGUCAGCUCGAAGACCUCCCUGCAAUACCGCAGUUUGCCCCGCCCGUCCAAAUCCAGCACCAGUGGCAUUCCCGGCCGAGGUGGCCACAGAUCCAGCACCAGCAGUAUAGAUUCCAAUGUCAGCAGUAAGUCAGCUGGUGCCACUACCUCGAAACUCAGAGAACCCACGAAGAUCGCCUCAGGGCGCUCGAGUCCCGUCACUGUCAACCAGACAGACAAGGAGAAGGAAAAAGUAGCAGUCUCAGAUUCAGAGAGUGUUUCUUUGUCUGGUUCCCCCAAAUCCAGCCCCACGUCUGCUAGUGCCUGUGGGACACAAGGGCUCAGGCAGCCAGGGUCCAAGUAUCCUGACAUUGCCUCACCUACAUUUCGAAGGUUGUUUGGUGCCAAGGCAGGUGGCAAAUCUGCCUCUGCACCUAAUACUGAGGGUGUGAAAUCCUCCUCUGUAAUGCCCAGUCCUAGUACCACAUUAGCGCGGCAAGGCAGUCUGGAAUCACCGUCGUCUGGUACGGGCAGCAUGGGCAGUGCUGGUGGGCUAAGUGGCAGCAGCAGCCCUCUCUUCAAUAAACCCUCAGACUUAACUACAGAUGUUAUAAGCUUAAGUCACUCGUUGGCUUCCAGCCCAGCAUCGGUUCACUCUUUCACAUCAGGUGGUCUCGUGUGGGCUGCCAAUCUCAGCAGUUCCUCUGCUGGCAGCAAGGAUACUCCAAGUUACCAAUCCAUGACUAGCCUCCAUACGAGCUCUGAGUCCAUUGACCUCCCCCUCAGCCACCACGGCUCCCUGUCUGGACUGACCACAGGCACUCACGAGGUGCAGAGCCUGCUCAUGAGAACGGGUAGUGUGAGAUCUACUCUCUCAGAAAGCAUGCAGCUUGACAGAAAUACACUACCCAAAAAGGGACUAAGAUAUACCCCGUCAUCUCGGCAGGCCAACCAAGAAGAGAGCAAAGAGUGGUUGCGCUCGCAUUCUACCGGAGGGCUGCAGGACACCGGCAAUCAGUCGCCCCUGGUCUCCCCUUCUGCCAUGUCAUCUUCUGCAACGGGAAAAUACCACUUUUCCAACUUGGUGAGCCCGACAAAUCUGUCUCAAUUUAACCUUCCUGGGCCCAGCAUGAUGCGCUCAAACAGCAUCCCAGCCCAAGACUCAUCCUUCGAUCUCUACGACGACUCCCAGCUUUGUGGGAGUGCCACAUCUCUGGAGGAGAGGCCACGGGCCAUCAGCCAUUCAGGCUCAUUCAGGGACAGCAUGGAAGAAGUUCAUGGCUCUUCAUUAUCACUGGUCUCCAGCACUUCUUCUCUUUACUCUACGGCUGAAGAAAAGGCUCAUUCAGAGCAAAUCCAUAAACUACGGAGAGAGCUUGUUGCAUCACAAGAAAAAGUUGCCACUCUCACAUCUCAACUUUCAGCAAAUGCUCACCUCGUAGCAGCUUUUGAAAAGAGUUUAGGGAAUAUGACUGGCCGACUGCAAAGUCUAACCAUGACAGCGGAACAGAAGGAGUCUGAACUGAUCGAACUAAGAGAAACCAUUGAAAUGCUGAAGGCCCAGAACUCUGCUGCCCAGGCAGCCAUUCAGGGAGCACUCAACGGUCCAGACCACCCUCCCAAAGAUCUCCGCAUCAGAAGACAGCAUUCCUCCGAAAGCGUUUCUAGUAUCAACAGUGCCACGAGCCAUUCCAGCAUUGGCAGUGGUAACGAUGCUGACUCCAAGAAGAAGAAAAAGAAAAACUGGCUGAGAAGCUCAUUCAAACAAGCCUUUGGGAAGAAAAAAUCCACCAAGCCUCCAUCUUCACAUUCGGACAUUGAAGAGCUUACUGAUUCGUCCCUUCCAGCGUCCCCCAAGUUGCCCCACAAUGCGGGUGACUGUGGGUCAGCCUCCAUGAAGCCCUCGCAAUCCGCCUCAGCGAUCUGUGAAUGCACAGAGGCUGAGGCAGAGAUAAUUCUGCAGCUGAAGAGUGAGCUCAGAGAAAAGGAAUUAAAAUUAACGGAUAUUCGGCUGGAGGCCCUCAGCUCUGCUCAUCAUCUCGAUCAGAUCCGGGAAGCCAUGAACCGGAUGCAGAAUGAGAUUGAAAUACUGAAGGCUGAGAACGACCGGUUGAAGGCAGAAACGGGGAAUGCUGCGAAGCCAGCUCGGCCCCCGUCUGAGUCCGCAAGUAGCACUUCCUCCUCAUCCUCACGCCAGUCCUUGGGACUCUCUCUGAACAAUUUGAACAUCACGGAGUCUGUUACCUCAGAUAUUUUGCUCGAUGAUGCUGGUGAUGCAACCGGACAUAAAGAUGGCCGCAGCGUGAAAAUUAUAGUCUCCAUAAGCAAGGGCUACAGUCGAGCAAAGGAUCAGAAGUCUCAGGCAUAUUUGAUAGGAUCCAUUGGUGUCAGUGGAAAAACCAAGUGGGAUGUCUUAGAUGGUGUAAUUAGACGUCUCUUUAAGGAAUAUGUGUUCCGAAUUGAUACAUCCACUAGCCUUGGUCUGAGCUCUGACUGCAUUGCCAGCUACUGUAUAGGAGAUUUAAUUAGAUCCCAUAACCUAGAAGUGCCUGAACUGCUGCCUUGUGGAUACCUUGUUGGUGAUAAUAACAUCAUCACUGUGAACCUGAAAGGGGUAGAAGAAAACAGUUUGGACAGUUUUGUUUUUGAUACGCUGAUUCCCAAACCAAUUACCCAAAGGUACUUUAACUUGUUGAUGGAGCAUCACAGAAUUAUACUCUCGGGACCUAGUGGUACUGGAAAGACCUAUUUAGCAAACAAACUUGCUGAAUAUGUAAUAACCAAAUCUGGGAGGAAAAAAACAGAGGAUGCAAUUGCCACUUUUAAUGUGGACCACAAGUCUAGUAAGGAAUUGCAACAAUAUCUAGCUAACCUGGCUGAACAAUGCAGUGCUGAUAAUAACGGUGUAGAGCUUCCAGUUGUAAUAAUUCUUGAUAAUCUUCAUCAUGUGGGCUCUUUGAGUGAUGUCUUCAAUGGUUUUCUCAACUGUAAAUACAACAAAUGUCCAUAUAUUAUUGGAACAAUGAAUCAGGGAGUUUCUUCAUCACCAAAUCUAGAGCUGCAUCACAAUUUCAGGUGGGUGCUGUGUGCAAACCACACAGAACCAGUGAAAGGCUUUUUAGGCAGAUAUCUUCGAAGGAAACUGAUAGAGAUGGAAAUUGAAAGGAACAUACGCAAUAAUGACCUAGUCAAAAUUAUAGAUUGGAUUCCUAAGACAUGGCAUCAUCUCAACAGUUUUUUGGAAACACACAGUUCUUCUGAUGUUACCAUUGGUCCUCGACUUUUCCUUCCUUGCCCCAUGGAUGUAGAAGGUUCUAGAGUAUGGUUCAUGGAUCUCUGGAACUAUUCUUUGGUACCUUAUAUUCUGGAGGCAGUGAGAGAAGGUCUGCAGAUGUAUGGGAAACGAGCACCUUGGGAAGAUCCCUCAAAGUGGGUGCUUGAUACAUACCCAUGGAGCUCAGCAUCUUUGCCGCAGGAGGGCCCAGCAUUACUUCAGUUGCGACCAGAAGAUGUUGGGUAUGAGGGCUGCAUAUCCACAAAGGAAGCUACAACCUCAAAGCACAUUCCACAAACUGACACAGAGGGAGAUCCCCUGAUGAAUAUGCUAAUGAAACUCCAAGAAGCAGCCAAUUACUCGGGCACACAAAGCUGCGACAGUGAUAGCACCAGCCACCAUGAAGACGUUUUGGAUUCGUCUCUUGAAUCUACCCUCUAGAGGGUGAACAAAGUUAGGGGAAAAGACUAUGCUUUAAAAAAAAAAAAAAAAAAAAAAGGUUAAAAAGUAAGGUAUUUUCACUAAACCACUGCCAAUAUGAAAGCGCCCUGACCCAGGGCCGUGGUCUCCAAGGAGGCAGUAGAACUAAGUUUGAACCGCCAAGAUGCUAAAUUGACACGGAAGUGUAACUUGCUUUCCUUUCUAGGCAUUUUUAUAUCCGUGGAGUGAUGUAAGGCUCCAUUACUCAACUGGAAAGGACCCUAAUGACAGGGCAACUGAAUAGAUUGCACAUGGGAUUAGCCAAACUGGACUUUCUGUUUUUCCUCUUUAAAAGUUUACAAUGCAGACCUUUUUUUGUUGUUGUUCCUUCCUUUGGUUUCCUCUGAGGGGCUGUUCUCCCCAAGCAGGGUCCAUUCUUCUGAUCCGUCCAAGCUCCUUUGUGCCACAUGGUGCUGGUCACGGAGCCCCAGUAGUGUUUGUGUUGUACGCUCACCCCAUUUCCUAAAUGAAGAGGCCAGGCCUCCGCAAGCACAAAUGGAAUUGUGCAACCCCCAGGGAAACACUGCUGUGACAAGCUGGAGAAGUGCCAGUGUCAUUCAACUGCCAUGAUCACAGGAUGUGCUCCACCCUCUUUUCAGUGUCUGAGUCACGGGUUUGAUAAGGUGGUUUUUACCACCGUGGUCUUUUUAAACCACCUGCCCACUCCCUUAAAAAGAGUUUUAUACCAAUUAUUAGUCAACACUGAUAAAAGGCUUUUUUAGGGCUUUAUUUGUUUGAGCCUUGUCAGUGAAAAGAAGCA